GCGUCCAAGAAAACUUGGAUACUUGAGAAUGAUAUCUGCAUGUUUCUGAUGCUCAAGGAUGUAUAAAUGAAACCAGAAGUUGAUACUAAAACAGGAGAGGGGAAGGUGCUUGUUUUGAUCAUCAUUCCCGUUAUUACUGCAGACAUUCUGGACAGUACUAAUGGAAGAUCUGAAUUGGGUCGUACAAGUCGAUGAUGAAGUAAAAUAUACGAGGGAUACUUCAAAGGAGACAAAGCAGUGGAAAAAGCAUUCAAUCUAUGAAGUACCUGCAUGGGUUAAAGAUCUAAACAAAAAGGCCUACAUGCCGCAGACAGUCUCCUUCGGUCCUUACCAUCACAGGGAAGCACCAUUACAGCGGAUGGAGGAGCAUAAGCACAGGGCAUUGCUCCGUUUCUUCAGGAGAUGUGGAAAACCUGUUCAAUCGUUCGUCGACGCUUUAACUAAGGUCGUGCAGGAUUUGAAAGACUCGUACGAGCCGCUCGAUCCCAAAUGGGAAAAGGACACACACGGACUCUUAAAAAUGAUGACUCUCGACGGAUGCUUUAUGCUGGAAAUCCUGCUUGCCAGUACUGCGAAUCAGUUGGAGGACGAUGAUUCCAAGGAUCCGAUAUUCAGCAAACACGGUAAACUGUAUAUCAUGCCCCAUAUCAGGCGCGACAUGCUGAUGCUUGAAAAUCAAAUCCCAAUGCAGGUUCUUGAACUACUUCUUGAACUACUGCCUGAAGUUGAUGAGAAAAGACUCGAUGUUAAAAAUCAUCCAGUCAAGAAAAAAGAACGUGCCAAUGAACUCAUAGUGAAGUCUUGGUUCCCCAAAGCCCAUUACUCAGAGAUGGGUAACUGCCUGCACGUAUUGGAUGUUUAUAGGAAGAUUCUGCUUCAGCCUAAGGAAAAACAAAACAAUCCAGGGAAGGAAACACACGAAACGGACAAGCCAAGUGGUGACGAUGACGAGAUCAUAAGAUCUGCAACAGAGCUUAAUGAAGCCGGAAUCCGGUUCAAGGCAGACAAAAAAGCGAGCCUCAAAGAUAUCACUUUCAACGGCGGGGUGCUUAGGCUUCCACUCAUCGUUGUGGACGAUGCCACCGAGUCGAUAUUCCUGAACUUAAUAGCCUUUGAGCGUUUCCAUGUUGGGGCCGGCAACGAGAUUACCUCCUAUAUCUCUUUCAUGGACAACAUCAUCGACAAUGAGAUGGAUGUUGCCCUCCUGCAGUCGAGCGAAAUCAUACAGAAUGCCAUUGGAAGUGACAAAGCUGUCGCUAAGCUCUUUAACUCUCUCUCUAAGGAUAUAACGCUCGACCCAGAAAGUAGCCUCGAUGUAGUGCAUAAAAGGGUCAGUGGGUACUGCAAGAAGCGCUUGAAUAGGUGGCGGGCCAAUCUCAUUCAUACCUAUUUCAGAAACCCAUGGGCUAUUCUCUCCCUUAUUGCUGCCAUCUUCCUGUUUGCGCUCACCAUAGUACAGACCAUAUACACAAUACUAGGUGUCAAAUGAUUCUCCACCGCAUUCUCAUUACUAUAAACCUCCUCUUCCUGACCUCAAAAUGCCUCGCCAUUGACAUCGGUUGCAUACGCAAAGGAGUGGAUCCCAUUCCUAGCCCCUGUUUCUGUGGUUUUACACGAGUCUGCUUUGGGUUUUGGAAAAUGUUCUAAUUUCCAUAAUAUCUAGUGAUCUCGUUUUAUUGAAUGUUUCAGCUGUGGGUUUGACAAUGGGCUUAUUUGUUUUUUUUUUUUUGUUAGCGAUAAUGGGGCUGUUUGAUAAUCUUCCCUUCCUCAAUGUCAUCUGAAUAACAUGCCAUACAUAUGUUCCCAAUAAUGUAAUCCCAGCUUUAUUAUGAUAGACAUAUUUCUUUACCAUUCUUAUGUGCUUACCAAUUACCAUCAUAAAAUGCUGAGUCCUAAUGGUGGGAAAAAGACAUCUUUUGAAUAAGAUACCACGAAAAGUUCCAAUGAGCUUUCCCUGUUUAAAGCUCUACCUACAUAUUACAAAUUAUUUUUUGAAAAAAAAAA